AUGCACUUCCUCUCACUCCUCGCACUCGUCCCCCUCAUCGCCGCCAACCCGGUGGCGAGGAACAACGACAGCCCCGUCAGCCUCUCCAAAGCGCGCAACAAGUACUUUGGAACCGCCUACCAGUCCUUCUACCCCGCGGACGGCCGCUUCCUGCCUGUACUCGAAUCGCAGUUCAACCAGUACACGCCCGAGAACGAGCUCAAAUGGGAGGUGGUUCAGCCGCAGCGAGGCGUGUUCAACUGGACCGGUGCCGAUCUUAUCUUUGCCGAGGCCAAAAAGACCGGCGCGAUCGUUCGUGGUCAUACCCUCGUCUGGCACUCGCAGCUCCCGAUGUGGGUUCAGAAUAUCACAGACGCCAGCGAUCUCAAGAGCGUCAUGAAGACCCACAUUGACGCGGUCAUGGGUCGAUACGGAUCGCAGAUGGCUCACAUCGAUGUGGUCAAUGAGCCUCUCAACGAGAACGGAACUUGGCGCAACUCGGUCUGGUACAACCUUCUCGGAGAGGAGUUCCCUCGCAUUGCCCUCGACUAUGCCCACGCCGCCGCCCCUCAGGUCAAGCUCUACAUCAACGACUACAACAUCGAGUCGAUCAACAACAAGUCACUCGCUCACGCAGCUAUCGCCAAGAAGCUCCUGAGUCAGGGCGCACCCCUCACCGGCUAUGGUUUCCAGGCUCACUUUAUCGGCGGGUCCGCUCCAAACGACACUGCUCAGGCCAUGAAGAUGUUCACCGACAUGGGUCUCGAGGUCGCCAUCACGGAGCUGGACGUUCGAGUGCCGGUCAACAACAGAGCUAGGCUGAUCAGAUCCCGCGACUACGCCAAUGCCUUCAAGGUCUGCAUCGACAACCCAAAGUGUCCCGGUGUUACCAUUUGGGGCGUCAGCGACGAGACCAGUUGGGUCCCGGGAGUCUUUGCGGGCACGGGCUCGGCCUUGCUCUUUGACUUUGACUACAAGCCCAAGCAGGCGUACUACGCCGUCCAGAACGUCUUGAAGCAGUAG